CCGGUUGGUUUCUGUGUGUCGGAAACCAAACCAAUGUGCACUCCCAGUAAACCGCAUGGAAUCCAAUGAGGCGGUUCUACUUUUAUGCUGCUGGUCUUUGAGAUUAAGUGAACGCUGUCUCUCACAAACCCGAUAAGAUAAUGGAGCAAGAACUGAAUUACGUGCAAGUGAAGUUCAAGACCGACGGUUCGUCUGCACGCGAUAAACCAUGUGACCUAGAAACCAUCUACGAUGAGGUGCAGACCUACGAGGAGUGGGCCUGGGACACAAACCGCGCCACACAAGGAAACAAAAAGAAAGCCACGCUCUUCACACCGGUUCAUCUGGUGGCCUCAGGUCUGGCGAUCCUUUGUGUCCUCCUGGUGUCGGUCGUCGUGACUCUCGUCGUCUACUUCAGCGCAGUCGUGUCAGAGCAGCACAGCGAGAACCUCGACUUAACAGCAAAGAACCUGCAGCUGUGGACAGAAAAGAGCCAUUUAGAGAAAGAGACGGCACAGCUGACCAGAGAGAGAGACGGGCUCAACUGGACCGUCGGAGUCGUCCUGGAAUACGAGGGCUUCCCAGUGAACACAUACUGCCCACAGAAAGUGUGUAAACCGUGCCUGGAUGGAUGGAUAUCGUUCCAGUCAAAGUGUUACAUGUUUUCAACGUAUACAUACUCCAGCUGGUGGAAGACGUGGCAGGACAGCCGGCAUGAAUGUCACAACCAGAGGGCAGAUCUGGUGGUGAUUGAGAGUCAAGAGGAACAGGAAUUCCUUAACAACCACACAGAAAAAUACCAUGAUGACAAUCAUGGCUAUUGGACGGGCUUGAGCAAAACGGACACGUGGACGUGGGCAGAUGGAAGCAACCUCACUGUGACGUACUGGAAUACAGAAAACGACAAUUCACACUGUGGUCUCAUUCAGGCCACAAAACAUCCUCUGGGCAACUGGAGAAAAGCCAGCUGUAACAUGAGGAACCGCUGGAUCUGUGAACGCCGAGCUUUGAUCAAAACACAUCCGGACUCAGCUGCCUGAUCAAUUCGGUUUAUGCAACAACCUACUGUAGAUAUCAGAACGUGUUCUGUUUUCCCUGAUCCUUUGUUUUCUAUUAAAGACGCAUGUUAUAGUUCUAUAUGUAUGUAGGAUUCUGUUACACUGUCAUAGAAGUUUCGAUUCAAUGAUGAUUUUAGUUGGUGUUGUUUGUUAUAUUAUAUACAAUAUUUGUUAAUGGAGAUCACAGAAUUGCUACAAUAAAUGUAAAGCAGCAUAACGUUAACUAUGAUCUCAAUGACGUCUACAAGAUGAUUCACAUUGCAUUGAACUGGUACAGAUUGGAUAUAAAGUUGUAAAAAGUGUAAAUUACCAACAUUAAAAUACGUUACGUUAUUUU